AGAUAAAAGAAGAAGAAGACAAUAGAGAGAAGAUAGAUCUCUUCGUCAAGAUGGUGCACAGGCAUUAUACAUUUGAAAUCCGUCAAAUCCGUUCACAUUUACUCCUAGUUCGUCACCCUCGUCCAACAAACCUGCGAUAGUUGAAGAAGAUGAAGGAUUCCGGUGAGUUCAUGGUAGAAAUCUCAAACCUCCAGUCAGUUUCGGAAAUGAUAUCAAGAAUUGAAAAACGUAUGAUAGAACUCGGAAACAUGAAAAUUAAAAAAAGGUAUCUUUACAUCUCUGUUUGAUCGAUUAUCUCUCUAAUUGAUUCUCUUUUUAUUUAUAAGUAUGUGUAUUUCGUAUUCCUAUAGCCAUGGCCUUAGCCGCCGAACGUAAGGCGGAGAGGCGUAGAGUCAUUGAGGCAAUAAAAAAGUAAGCGUAACAAUGAUUUACAUAACUAUGGUCAUGGUUUAUAGGUAUUAACAGAUUAAUUUACGAUUACUUUUACUAUAAUAGUUUAAAGGAGACUCUACUCAGGAAGAUGAACUCUGAAGAUCAAGGAGGGUCUUAAGUUUUAAGUAUUGAUAGUUUUACGUACUGAUGAAAUAAAAUUCAAUUUGAGAUAAACCAGAUUCAUGAUAUUUAUCUUUCCUUUUUGAUUGAAAAAUCAAUUGACAGAAUUAUUAAAUAUUUUUUCAAUAAUGGUAAUUAAAUAGAAUAUUUUUAAUUUAUUAAAGAUACUUGUGUAAUUAACAAAUAAAAAACGUAACUGAAUGUGACAGAUAUGAAAUGAUUGCUCAAAUAAUAUUAUAGAUAUAUAUAUUUUGCCAAUUAUCCCAUAUUUUAUUCACCUGCUAAAUGCUUUUAGUGGAUGUUGAAAAAGCAAAAAAUGUUACGUGAUUAUCUGGUGUUUAAUGUUUUCAAUGGUUUAAAAAUUAAAACUAAACAAUGUAAUCCACCAGAAUAACAUGUCAUUUUAUUAUUGGUGACUUAAAUUGCUGAUAUUUUUUUACAUCUUAAGUUUUUUUCAUAUCAAUUAUAUAACAAAUUAGUUAAUUAAUUUAAGUAUUAUAGAUAUCUUUAGUUUUUUUUUUCAUAUCAAUUAUAUGACAAAUUAAUUAAUUAAUUUAAGUAUUAUAGAUAAAACUUUAUUAUUUUGUGUUAUAUAAGCAAAGACUUGUUUCAUUUAGUUUGGGUACACCACUUUAAAUAAUGAACUAGAUUUUGAUCCGCGCUUAGAAAGCGCAGGUUUAUUUUUUGAAUUUAAUAAUUUUUAAUAAAAAAUUUUAUAUAAGAUAGUUUAUAAGUUUGGCCAUAUUAUUCGGAACCGAAUAAUCAACCUGUACCAAAUUGAAAAAAUGAAACCAAACUUGAACCAACAUUUAUAAAUAACCGAACAUAUCAAAUAUCUCUAGAACCAAGAUAAAUAGAUACCUGAAUUUUUAAAAUACAAAUUAUAUACCUACAAAUAUUAAUUAUAUGUAAUUUCUAAAUAACCAAAUAUCUUAAAUAUACUAUUUAUAAGCUGAAUUAUCCAAUAAAAACAAAUUACUCAAACAUUUUUUUCAAAUAUUAAAAAAAAUAUCUUAAUAAGUCCUCAACAUUCAGUCUAAUUUUCCACUAAAAGGUACCAAAACACCAAUAAGUGGUAUCCACAGUCAAACUAGUAAACACAGUCACCAUAUAUAAUCUAGUUUUAAUUUAAUAAAAAUAUAUUAUUUAAAAUCCUUUAAAAUCUAAAACCCAUAUUAACUCGUGAAUCUAUACUAGAUGACAUGGUAAAAAUCUAAAAUAACAUGAUAAUAUUUUUUCAAAAUUUGAUUAAAUUUUUCAUAUAAAUUUUACUAAGAUAUAAAAUUGAAUAAACUACAUUUUUUAUGUUAUACAUUCUAGUUUAUAGGUUUUAUAAUGACUAUAUUAAGAUUAAAUUUUUGAGUUUUAGAAAUAAAAUUAUUAUUAAGUUGAGUAUAGUUGAGUUACCUAUAAAUGUUAAAAAUAAAUAAUAUAUUUUAUUUAAACAUAAAAAACAUUCUAAAAAUGCUAUAAUUUCCUGAGAAAAUAUUUAUACAAAACCCUUUCUCCUAAUAAACUCAGUUGUAAAAGAUUUUCAUCACAAAAAAAACCUAGGAAGGUUUUCAAAGAAAAAUUUAUGAUUUUGAAAUAUAAUUAAGCUUGUUGUUGUACUGUGAAAUAUUUCUCUAAUCGUAAUUGGAAGUUAAUAUGUUUUGACCGUCGAAUGGUAUCAUGUUUUUAACUUUCGGUUAACCGUACUUGCAUCAUGUUUUUAUGUUAGUUUGAGUCAUAAAACAUUUAAUAUGAAUUAAAAGUAUGGUAUUGUUCAGACUUUAAUUACCAAUAAAUCCAAAUGUUUUUAUUGUAACUGCUUUUGUUAAAGAAAAAUUAUUGUUGGUUGUAUGAUUAUUAAAUCAGUUAUAAAAUAAUCUGUUUUUUUUAAUAGGUUUAGUGGCACAAAAGUAGUAUUCCAAGGAAAAAUAUGGGUAAAAUAUAUCAAUGAUUCUGAAUUAAUAAUAUUGAUGUAUAAAUCUUUGGUGUAUUAUAGUAAGUUGAGUAUUAAAUAAAAGCAUUGGUUAUUUUAUAGGUAGAGAAAUAUAAGGUAAUUGAUUAGUGUAUAGUAAGAGAAAUAUAUAGUGAGACCAAAAAAAUAGUUAAGUUUAGUGAAUAGGUCCAACAACCUUUCAUAAGUAGAUUGUUUGGGACUCCUUCCCUUUUAAUAGUAUAGAUAUAAGAUUUUAUGUGUAUUAAGUAUCAGGCGAAAGAACGAGAUAAUGAUGUUGAUUGUUAGAAAGUAAAACUAGUUUGUUAAAUAAAAAAUCAUUGUACAUGUUUUAGUUACUAUUUUUUCCACCAAUCAAUUAAAAAUGGUUUUCAAUUCAUUUACUCCAAAAGUAACAAAUGUAAAAUUAAUAUUUUCUUUUCAGUUUACUUUUCGUUUCACUUUUUGGAUGUACUCAAGAGUUUGAAAUGAUAUGAUUUUAAUGAGUAUUUAAAUGAUUUUAUAUGAAUUAUAAAAUUUAUUAUAAUUUUUGUUAAACAACUUUAGAAUUUCAUCUAAAAACAUAUAAUUUAGAUUUUUUAUUUUUAUUUUUUUAAAAUUUUUACUAAAAACUAUAUCUAAACACUCUAAAUUCACUUGAAACUUUCAAAAUUCAUAACUUAAUCUGAUUUUUAAUAACAGUGUAUUUUAGAAUAUUUUAUUAAAUUUCUAGUUUAAUAAUGGUUGAUUUAAAUCAAUCUUUUAAAAUAGAUAUUUGAAUAACAGUAAAUUUAUUAUUUUAAUACAAAUCAAUUCAAACUCUCCUUUGAAUACAUCCACUAUUUUCUUCCUUUUCUACCUUUCUUUUUGCACUUUUUAACUCAAAUCAAUACCUAUCAGAGCCAUAGAUUAAUGAAGCAAUAUAAAAUUCAAAGUCAAACUGUAACAUGUAACUCAAGGUUAAUCAAUAUUAAAUUUAAAUUUAGAGCGGUCAGAGAAACACUAAAGUGUUAAUGUAGACAUAAGUAGGAGCAAAAAUAAUUCGAACCAUGCAUGUAAGAGGAGACAGAGGGAUUGAUCAACACAGCAGCGAAAUGAGAAGACGAAAGUUGGAAGAUGCAAGAGAGAGUGGAGGAUGGAUCCUUUGUCUUUACUGUCUAUUUGAGUAGGUAUUGUCUUACACUAGGUGACCUCUGCUGGAUCGCAAGAAGUAACAAAUAAGUUGUUCACAAUUGCCGACAUUGAUAUCUUCGGGUAACUUGUGCGUUCCUAAGAAAUGAUAUUCUCAUGCUAGUAAUAAGUAGCAAUGACAAGUUUAAACGCAGCGAUAUAAGUUGGUGAAACUUACCAAAACAUCCGGGUUGGCAGAGGCUGAAGCUCUGUACCGUUCUUCAAAGACCUGAACUCUUCACCACUCUUUUAGAUAUUAGAAGCGCUUUGAAACUAAGAGAUUAGAGACCUUGAAGACUUAACAUGAACGAAAAAAAUUCAACAUUAUGUGUGCAUGCAUGAAGCAAGGUGGUUAGCAUUUGUUGUAAAGAAGAAGAAUAAACUUAACCACAUCAUAGCAUGCAUAACGCUUUAGAUAUAAAAGAUUGUAAAUUUAAGCUUUCUUCAUACCCAAUUCAUCGAUCGAACGAAAUAAAAUCUGAGUAUAUUAUCUAUGUACUGGUAAAACAAUACUUCUUUUAUGAUUCCAAAUAUUCCACCAGCCGGACAACAACAUUAAAACCUAAUGUCGAACUCGGUAAUCAAUACUUGAAUUAAUUCCUUGUCCUUGGUGAGGAUUGACUGGAGUCUGUGUGCAAAUUGAACUUUUUAAUUGAUUAUCUGCAUGGACCUUCUUCUCCGAGGAUCAACAAAAUCAGACAAUUGAUAAGCUUACUCGUGUAUAUUUCAAGAAGAAACAGAGUGGCGGGAAGAAGUUACAAGAGAAUUGAAGAAGAGAAGAUUUGAAAAUAAAAGACUCUAGUUCAUUGAGAAGGUUUUACUUUCUGUAUGUGAGUAUAGAUAAUGUGGCCGUUGAGUUGGAUAGCUUUUGGAUUGAGUUGAGUCUGUUGACUUGAGGAGCUACGUCUCGGUUAGGCCAGCGUUUCCAUAAUCAAAUACAUUGGAUUGAGUUGAUUUUUAUGCGGAGGAGAAAUACAAGUAAUGUUAAUUGGAGAUGUUGAAACAGCUUUCUCAAUUGGUUUAAUUGUCGGAUAGGGUUUGGUUUGGUUUGAUUUGGAUCGGUUAAUAACAUUAAUUCCGGUUGAGAACUGGACCCGGAAAACACUCAAUUUUUAUCGGGUCGGGUUGUAAUCCUUUAUAAAUAAACGCCUCAUACGAUCUAUCGAGCCCGCUAAUUUCAUCCCCCUUGCGAUUUGGUUUUCCUCCGAUUCGAGCAUUGUUGCCUCGGAGCUCCUCUUCGCCACCGUGCGCCGUCUCUUCCAAUCGCUCAAUCGGCUUAGUUCUCCGUCUCCGGUUUAAAGGGCACUUUAUUGGAUUUGAGAUGGCUGAACGCAACGAGGGUUCUUCAGAGGACGAUGAAGAGUAUGCGGACAGAAGCAGGGGACUGGAGUUUAUCUUUGGAAACGUUGAUAACUCUGGUGAUUUGGAUGCUGAUUACCUUAAUGAGGACGCCAAGGAACAUCUUUCUGCAUUGGCUUCGUCUCUUCCAGACAUAAUGCUGAUGGCAAGUUCAGGAUGUACAACAAGUGAUCCAGCUGAACAAGAUUACAACGAAAAAGCUGCGGAUGCUGUUGAUUAUGGGGAUAUUGAUGAAGAGUAUGACGGGCCUGAAGUUCAAGUAGCUACUGAGGAAGAUCAUCUACUGCCAGAAAGAGAGUAUUUUUCGUCUGCAGCUGCCUCGGGUAGUUUAUAUUCCAAAGCUUCUGUGUUUGAUGAUGACGAUUAUGAUGAGGAAGAAGAACAAGAGGUGGAGCACAUGCCAUUUGAAGAAACUUUUGAUUCUGAAGAUAGUGAAUCAGUUGUCUUAAAGGAAGACAACGCGUUGGAGUAUGAAGAGGAGGCUUCCAUCCUGGGAAAUGAGGAACGAUUGGACACAAAUGAGAAAAAUGCAACGUCACUGCCUACCCUGUAUGUUGAAGAUGGUAUGGUCGUCUUACAAUUCUCUGAGAUAUUUGCUAUUCAUAAGCCACCACAGAAACGAGCAAAAAGAGAAAAUAGAUAUAUCACUUACAGAGAUAGAUACAAAUCUAUGGAGCUUGUUGAAGAUGAUGAGGGGUUACUUCUUAAGAGCCAUGGUAGGGUCGACACUCAUGUGAAACAAGCUGAUCUGAUUCAGCUGGAUGUUCCGUUACCAAAAAGAGGGGAUUUACAGCUGGUAAAAGCUGGCACAUUCGGAAGCAUCAUACCAGAAUCGAGAGAAUUUACCAAGCCAGGACGGGAUUCAUGCACCAUGGGUGAACUGUUGAAGCAGGACUUACAAGACGAUAAAUCAUCUCUGUGCCAGUCACAAUCAUCAAUGGAAGUUUUUCCUCUUGACCAGCAAGAAUGGGAAAAUCGAAUUAUUUGGGAAAAUUCUCCUGGAGUUAGUGGUAAUUCUUGUGAAAGCUUCGAAUCUGGAAUUGAGUCAGAAAGCCUGCUUAUUCAAGGAACAAACUCAGAGACUGAACAAGAAAGCUUAAACGUGGUGAAUUCUGGAGAGCAAGCUCAAGCUGAAAAUAAUAAGCAUGUAUCUUUUUUUGUCAGUGGCUUGGAGUCUCUUGGUUCACACACUACUAGUGAGUCCACUAACAAAAGUAGACGUCAUCCGCAACUCCUUAGGUUAGAAUCUCAGUGGGAUGAGGAUCAUCGUAGUGAAAAUGACAAUACUGGAGGGAAGAAUUUAAAGCAGCUUAAAAGGGACACUGUUGGACGCUUUAGCAGACUUGGAUUGCAAGAGAGGGAUAUGGGGGAUGACCCAUGGUUAGAUAGCAUAAUUUGGGAGUCAGAUAAAGAGUUGACCAGGUCUAAACUAAUAUUUGACCUUCAAGAUGAGCAAAUGGUCUUUGAAAUCCCGGAUAACGGGGAAAGCAAAGAUCUUCAACUUCAUGCUGGAUCUAUGAUUCUAUCCCGGUCUUCAAAGCCCAAGGAUAAAAGAUUUCAGGAAGGCUGUGGCUCAAAUUAUGGGUUCCAGUUCAAUAUUUCUAAUGACAAGUUCUAUAUGAAUGGGAAAAGCUGUCUGCAACUGCAAGCAAAUGCUAAUCAAUUCGGCGUACACAGUUUGAGAGUUCUUCAUUCAGCGUCAGCGAUUAAAUUACAGACAAUGAAGAACAAAUUGAGCAAUAAAGACAUAGCAAAUUUUCACCGGCCCAAAGCUUUAUGGUAUCCACAUAACAAUGAGCUAGCGAUCAAGCAGCAAGGAAAGUUACCAACCCAAGGAUUUAUGCAAAUUGUAGUUAAGAGUCUGGGGGGUAAAGGAAUCAGGAUACACGUUGGCAUAGAGGAAUCUGUCUCUUCUUUAAAAGCCAAGGCUUCUAGGAAGCUAGAUUUUAAGGAAACUGAAGCAGUGAAGAUUUUUUAUAUGGGAAAGGAACUUGAGGAUGAAAAGUCUCUUGCUGAACAAAAUGUACAUCCAAAUUCUUUGGUCCAUAUUUUACGCACCAAGGUACAUCUGUUACCAUGGGCACAAAAGCUUCCUGGCGAACAUAAAUCUUUGAGACCUCCGGGGGCAUUCAAGAAGAAAUCAGACCUAUCUACUAAAGAUGGCCAUGUUUUCUUAAUGGAAUAUUGUGAAGAGAGGCCCUUGAUGCUCAGCAAUGCAGGAAUGGGUGCAAAUUUGUGCACGUAUUAUCAGAAGUCAUCCCCAGCGGAUCAGCAUGGAAACCUGCUGUGCGAUAAAAAUGACACUUUAGGGAAUGUGAUGAUUCUAGAACCUGGGGAGAAAUCUCCUUUCCUUGGGGAAAUACAUGGUGGCUGCAGUCAGUCAUCUAUUGAAACAAACAUGUACAAAGCACCUGUUUUUCCACAUAAGUUGCAAUCAACGGAUUAUCUGUUGGUCCGGUCUUCUAAAGGAAAGCUCUCUCUAAGGCGUAUUGACAAGACAUUUGCUGUUGGACAACAGGAACCUCGAAUGGAAGUAAUGUCUCCUGCAUCAAAGAAUCUGCAGACUUAUUUGGUGAACAGGAUGUUGGUCUAUGUGGACCGAGAAUUUAAGCAUCGCCGCCGUAUUCCUGCAGAUGAGCUGUCUUUCUUAUUUUCUAGCUUAUCCGAUGCAGUAGUAAAGAAGACCAUGAGAAUUCAUGGUAUUUUUCUUGAGAGGGAUAAAAAUGGCCAUAUUUUCUGGUACAAGAAACAUAGGUUUGACAAGAUUCCACAUGAGAUUGAGUUGAAAAAUCUUGUGGCACCAGAGGAUGUGUGUUCCUAUGAGAGUAUGCUAGCUGGGCUGUACCGGCUCAAACAUUUAGGGAUCACCCAGUUUACAUUGCCUGCCAGCAUAUCAACUGCAUUGGCUCAGCUCCCAGAUGAAGCCAUUGCUCUUGCCGCUGCUUCACAUAUUGAGAGGGAGCUGCAGAUUACUCCGUGGAAUUUGAGUAGUAACUAUGUUGCUUGUACAACUCAGGACAGAGCAAAUAUAGAGCGUUUGGAAAUUACUGGAGUUGGCGAUCCCUCUGGACGAGGUCUAGGAUUCAGCUACGUCCGAGCUGCGCCAAAAGUGCCAGCUGCAGCUGGUCGUAUGAAGAAAAAGGAAGCAGCGUGUUGCGGAGCCCCAACUGUAACUGGUACAGAUGCUGAUCUUCGCAGAUUAAGCAGGGAAGCAGCUCGAGAGGUUCUUCGCAAGUUCAAUGUUCCUGAUGAGAAAAUGGCCAAGCAAAAUCGAUGGCACCUGAUAGCUAUGAUACGCAAGCUAUCGAGUGAGCAGGCUGCAUCUGGUGUACUUAAGGUUGAUCCUACGACAAUAGGUAAGUAUGCCCGUGGCCAGAGAAUGUCUUUCCUACAGUUACAACAGCAGGCCCGGGAAAAGUGUCAGGAGAUUUGGGAUAGGCAACUUCUGUCCCUUUCAGCUUGUGAUGACGAUGAGUCUGAGAGUGAAAAUGACAUGGACUCCUUUGUCGGAGAUCUGGAAAAUCUACUCGAUGCUGAGGAGUGGGAAGAAUCUAAUACGUCUAAAAAUGACAAGUUUGAUGGAGUCAACGGAUUCAAAAUGAGACGGCGGCCAUAUCAAGUUGUGACAGACGAAGAUGUUGAAGAUGAAGCUGCUGAAUAUGCCGAGUUACGCCGAUUGCUGAUGAAAGAUGACGAAAAAAGGAAUAUGAAUGCUGAAUUUGUCAGAAAGGACAGUGUCAGUGCCAAGAAACAUAUUGCCUCCCGUCCUGAUGCAUCUUUCUUAGUUACUAAGAGCACCUUUUCCAAAAACACAGCAAACGUCAGUGUAUUCAAAGAAAGAAAACCAGUGAGAGAUAACUUCUUCUGUGGAGCCUGUGGUCAGCCUGGACACAUGAAAACCAAUAAGCACUGCCCAAAAUACAGAUCAACUACAGAACCACAGCCCGAAGGUAUAUAUGUGAAGAAGUCUUCUGGGACACCGAGUUCUUCAGAUCUAUCAGGCCAGGUCAAGCUGGAACCUACCAAAAGCAAAAAGACCGCGCCAAAAAGUCAAACAAAAGUUUCUGUAGAUGAAGCUCCGAAGGGAGAUAAUCCAACUUCCAAAACCGGAGGUCUUACCCUGAGGUUUAAAUGUGCUAUACCCGCUGGAGGGAUGUUAGAUAAACCCGGUUCUGAAACUCCAAGACGCUCUAUGGAAGAGCCUGAUAGACCUUUGCCUUCAUUGAUGCCUGCAUUUAUCAGAGAGAGAGGGGAGAGCGAGUCUCACAGGCCUUCUGUUUCUGGACAAUCAUUUUCUAAUACAGAGAGAAAUCAGCCUGCAUCAAGCAGGCUCACUAUGUCAAUCACGCAGCCAUCAUUACGCAUGGAUAAAGAACUCCUGAUACAGCGGCCGAAUGAAAGGGAACAGCCCCAGAAGAAACUUGUUAUAAAACGUUCGAAAGUGAUAACUGAUAGCCUUGAACUGAGUUCACAGUUUGAGUCCAGGAAGACAAUGAGAAUGGCAGAACCAGAAGGUUUUCAGAGUCAGCAGAGAUUCAGAUUGUCAGAGAACUCACUACACCGGGGACCAAAAGAGGGUAGAGUAUGGCAAGAAGAACGGGAGAUAAGUACGGAAAGGCACAGGGAAGCAAGGGUGAGAAGGGAUUAUGCUGAUAUGACUGAAUUUGAAAAGGCCAAUGAGAUAGGGAGUGAAAGGGAGGAAAAGGAACGGCAAAAGAAGCUGCAGCCGGAAGUAAUAGAGAGAUAUCUAGAAGGUUAUCCUCGUCGAAGAAACGAUAAAAAAUUGUUAGAAAGAGUUCAGAAAGUCAGAAGCCAGUAUGUCUCUGACUUUGAAAGGAACGUGGCACAGUACGCACCUCAACCAAAACGACGCAAAAAGGGAGAGGUUGGCCUAGCAAACAUCUUGGAAGUCAUAGUGGACACACUAAGAGCCAAAGAAGUAAACGUGUCGUACCUCUUCUUGAAACCUGUUUCGAAGAAGGAGGCUCCGGACUAUCAUGACGUUGUGCAACGCCCCAUGGAUCUCUCGACAAUCAGGGAUAAGGUACGGAGGGUAGAGUACAGAGACAGAGAGCAGUUUAGAAAUGAUGUCUGGCAGAUCAAGUACAAUGCUCAUCUUUACAACGAUGGGCGUAACCCGAUGAUACCGCCCUUGGCAGAUGAGCUGCUGGUGAAAUGUGAUGGCUUGUUGGAGAGAUAUAGAGAUGAGUUAACAGAAGCAGAGAAAGGUAUAGUAAAUCUCAUUGACUGAUUGAGAAGGGAAGCUGUAUCCUAUUUAGAUGGGAUGGUAUCAAGUUUCCAGGUUUCAAAUAAAUUUCGACACUUCCUAAUAUGAGUAGUGAAGGGUAUAUGGAAGUAAUUACAAAAGUAGGGCAGUGUAAAUGAGAAUAGCAACAACAAGAAAUUUUUUUAUAUAAAUUGAAAGGGAAAUUAACAAAUGUUUUUGUCGCCAAUUUUUAGUAGCCCAUGUAGGUAGGCUGACUUGAACACAGGAACUGACUGGUCAGAGUCCUCUGAAGAGAGCACUAUUGGACAACAAAGGUUUUCAGUUGGUGUGGUUAGGUUUAAUUCAAAAUAUAGAAGUAAAACUAUAUAAAAUAUUCAUACAAUUUUAAAGUAUUUAUUAUUCAAUAUAUUCUAAAUUAGAUUUAUCUAAACAUACUCCAUAAUUAUAUUUAUUCUCAUGUCUUUGUGGUAACAACAUGAGAAUCUAAUUGUCACACACGAAUAGUUUGACGACUAAAUCCACUGGAAAUAAAUUUAAAACUUUAAGUGAUUAUCCAAUUUUCUUGAUGUAGUUGUCAUGUGUAGGUAUUAAAAUCUGGAAUAAGAUUGUCUAUUGGUUACUUUUAAAAAAUGUUUUCUUAUGGGUGUUAAUUUUCUAAAAUAAAACUACCAAUAGCUUAGACACAACAUUAAACAACUACGACUGAAACACGUGGCAUGUGUCUCAUGGGCUCGUAGAACAUAUGGUUAGCUAAUUUUAAUGCUUAGUUUAAUUAAGGUUCGAAGCAAUGAAGCUUAAAGCUUAAGAAACAAUAGUUUUGAUGCUCCUUGCACAAGUCGCAACAAUCUUCACUCAUAUUUUCUUCGGACUUGAGCAUCUUUAGUGUUUGUUGCUACGUCCCAUUAACUACUCUACUGAUCUUAUUCUCAACCUCAGGGAUUAAGUUGAUUUACUUAAUUCACCCCUAUCUUUGAUUUAUAUUUAAAAUCCCUAAUUCUCUUGUUACGCGUCGAUUUGCUUUGAUUAGUCGGUAGCUAACUCAUUUUAUAUCACCUAGAAUUAUUCUCCCACUGUCCCACCAUACCUAAUAUAUCGUUGCUUGGAACAAAUUAAAGUUUCAGAAGUAUAUACUUCUAAUCAUAUAUAUCGUUUCUAACUAUACUUUGGAUUUUAUGACAAUUUCUUCAAUUUGAGUAAGUUUUGUUUCAGAUUAUACUUGAAUAUGAAUUAGGAUCAUAUUGUUUUAGCAACAUGCCAUGUUGUUAUUUGCAAAUAUCGCAAAGUUAAUGAUACAGAUUCCACUUUAUGUAAUAAACAACUACCAAUCAUUCGAGAUAAAUUAAUGAAUAAUAAUCAUUAUCUUAUGCACUUUAUGAUCAACACUUUAUGAUCUUUUAUAUUGCAACCAAUUGAUUCCCCAUAAUAAAGUAUCAACUUACAUGAUUUGAUGUGUAUGUAAGUAUAUAUUAAUCAAAAUCUUAGUCAGCCUUACACUGCAAAGGGGAACAUAUGAAGCUUCAUAAGUGUUAUAACAAAAAAAAAA